AUGGUGAAAGCACUUAAAUAUGUCGUUAAGAACCAUUUCACUGGUGCUCCUAAACGAUCUGACUAUGAAAUAGUAGAAUACGAUCUACCUCCUCUACAGAACGGGGAAAUAUUACUAAAGACAGAGUGGGUUAGCGUGGAUCCAUAUUUGAGGGCGUAUAAUUCACUUCAAAAGGUUCCAUACGACCAGUUCAGUUUCCAAGUUGGUAUCGUCAAAGAAACUAAGGACCCACAUUUUCCAGUGGGAACUAAAGUAGUCACUCACAAUGGCUGGUGUGACUACUCGAUAGCGAAAAAUAUUAAAGAUGAGAAGACAGGGGGGCAGAAAAUAACUAAACUACCAGAUUUACAGGGAUUACCAGAGUCUUUAGGAAUUGGGGCCGUAGGAAUGCCAGGGGCAACUGCUUAUUUUGGAUUUCUUGAAAUCUGCCAGCCUAAAGCUGGUGAAACAGUGGUCGUUACCGGUGCUGCCGGGGCUGUAGGAAGUCUUGUAGGACAGAUCGCCAAAAUAAAAGGUUGUAAAGUCAUCGGUUUCACGGGAUCAGAUAAAAAAGCGCAAUGGCUGGAAAAAGAGUUAGGAUUUGACAAGGCCAUCAAUUAUAAGACUGAGGAUGCACAAACUACCCUAAAAGCAGCCGCUCCAGAUGGUGUAGACUGUUACUUUGACAACGUUGGGGGAGAACUUAGCAGUAUUAUUAUUGGGCAAAUGAAUGUACGAGGCAGAGUAUCAGUCUGUGGUAGCAUAAGCUCUUAUAAUGCUGACCCAUCUAAAAUGCCGAAAGCGACAAUUUUGCAACCAUCUUUAGUUUUCAAGCAGUUAAAGAUGGAAGGAUUCAUAGUAUGGCGUUGGGUGGACCGUUUUCCGGAAGCAUUUGAACAACUAGUAGCGUGGAUCAAAAACGGUCAGUUGAAAGCUCCAGAACAUGUGACUGAGGGUUUCGAUAAGCUCUUUGAUGCAUUUACCGGUAUGUUAGCAGGAGAGAAUACUGAAGGUUUUAUUACCAUUAUACGGGCUUCAACCAAUGAUCGCCGUGGGGCCGUUAUUAUUCUUAAGCGAUCUUCGUCCGACGACGCGACGACUCUAGUCUCUAGUAUACAGGAGAGCGGGCUAAAGUAC